AUGGGACUUCCCAUGAUUGCCCUUUUCCCGAUGGUCUCAGACCUCAGUAAACUUCUUUGGAACAUUAAAACAAGCCUUAGAAACAUGGGUUAUAGUGGUUUCGCUGUCGUGAAAGCUGUUGGUGAUGUGAGCACCAGUCCGGAUCAUGGACUUCGUUUCUUUGACAUACCCUCAGUUUUUCCACGAGAACGACGUAAGACGAUUUUAGCGAGCAUGCAGAACCACACACAGAUUUAUGUAGGUACAGGUGAACGACUGAAUUUUGUGCUACUCGUCGGAGACAUCUCAAGAGACCUGGAGUUUUUGGAUGCUCUUCGCUCUGUGAAAUCGGGAGGAUUCUGCAAUAUCCUCUUGUCGCAGCCUAGAGCCGCAUCGGGAAAGGUACCACCUGACUGUGGUAGUACAGAAUUCGUAUGGGAAAGUCAAGCAGCUGGACCAUGUCCUGCCACCCCCCCAACUAGAUUAUGGCCUAUCACCUCUUGA